CACCACCCACCACCUCCACCCCCACCGUCGGCGGCGGCGGUGGCGCGCGCACGGUCGAUGUCGCCUCGUCGCCGAUCAAUGCGGUGUGCCUCCGUCGGCGGCCGGGUGGCGGGUCGGCCAGUCGGCACGCUCGCGUCAACAUGUUCGGCUGGUGCGGUCUGCCGGAGCUCUCUGAAGCGCUGGGCACCGCCGCCGACAAGUGCACCAGUCCAUCCUGCUGCUGCGGCCUGUGCUCUGCUCUCCGACCGAGAUGGAAGCGACUGGUGGACAACAUCUACCCCGUCAACCCGCAGGAUGGGCUGGUCAAGUCGAACAUGAAGAAGCUGACCAACUACGUGCACUUGUCUCCGGAAAAGUUGGACAGGAUCGGAGAGUACCUCGAGUCGAGGGUCAGCCGGGACAUCUACCGACGGCGCACCGGCGGCGUGCUGGUCUCUGUCGAGGCCAUGGACGAGCUGGUGUCCACCUGUAAACCAGAGAACCUGAACCUGUUUGUCGAGAGCUUCCUGAAGACGGUGCAGCGCCUGCUCGAGUGCCAGGAGCCCCAGAUGCAGGUGCUCGCCACGCAGUCGUUUGUCAAGUUUUCCAACAUUGCCGAAGACACGCCGUCCUACCACCGGCGAUACGACUUUUUCGUCUCCAAGUUCUCGUCCAUGUGCCACUCGUCUCACGCCGAUAUGGACACGAGGAUGGAACUGCGGACUGCCGGUCUGCAGGGGCUGCAGGGAGUGAUAAAGAAGACCGUCAGCGACGAUCUGGUCGAAAACAUCUGGACCGAAUCGCACAUGGAUAAAAUCAUUCCCUCCUUGCUCUUCAAUAUGGACAAGAGCAACCAGCCGUCGGCAGCGCAGCUGACCACGGAGACUGCCGUGACCUCUGCCAACCGUCCGUCGAUGGGCGGCGGGUCGCCACCCGAGCUGGCGGAGACCUGUCUCAGGCAGCUGGUCGGACGAGCUUCGUACGCGCAUAUCAGGAGAUUCAUGAAACCCGUGCUCAGACACCUGGACAACCACGGUCUCUGGGUCCCGAAUCAGUUCGCCGUCGAAACGUUCAGGGUCAUCAUGAACUCUAUUCCGACUCAACACUCAUACGCUGUGAUCCAGCUGCUGAUGACGCACCUGGACGAAAAGUCUCGCUCGGAGGCGCCGGUGCGCACGGGGAUUGCUGAGGUGUUGGCCAAAAUUAUCACCAUCGCGGCCGGCGAGUGCGUUGGUCCCUCCGUUCUGGAGAUCAUCAACUCCCUGCUGAGUCACCUGCGUCAGUCCGUGACUGCCGACCGCGGCGCCGGCACGCAUAAGGACCAGAGCGACGAGCGGCAGUACCAGGAGGCGCUGAUUGACGCGCUCGGAGAGUUCGCCAACAAUCUGCCAGACUAUCAGAAGAUCGAGAUUAUGAUGUUCAUCAUGGGCAAGGUGCCGCAGUACCCGGGAGACCGGGAGCGUCAGGAGGCCGACUCGGAGGGCGAGGUGCUGCUACAGAACAUGCUGCUCAGGAGUCUGCUCAAGGUGAGCACCAAAUAUACAUCGCUUAACCUGGCCACGACGUUCCCGCUGUCGUUCCUGGAUCCGCUGAUGAGAAUGUCACUGGCCCCCGAUCCGGAGAUCCGACUCAUUGUUCAGCAGAUUCUGCACACGCUCAUCGACCGGAGAGGGAACCUGGCUAAACUGGAUAAACCCAGACUGGACGUCACCCAGCUGGACCUCCAGCUGCAUAAGUGUUCCCGACAGGACGUCAUGUUCAUAAAACGGAACGGCCCCGAGAUGCUGCUCUGUCUGCUGGAGAGUCUGGAGCUGGCCAAUAACGGUCUGGAUAAUCUGGAGGCGGUGUACCGCACCCUGGCGCUUCUCUGGCUGGAGGUGAACGGACCCGACUUCCUGCCUGACGUGCUGCGGCUGACACUUGAUAUGCAGGAGAUCGCCCUGAACUCGGAGAUGAGCCAAACGCUGCGGAUAAACCUGCACAUUCUGGCCAUUACCUUCGCCAACUUUGUGUCCUGCCACUCCAACGUGCCGGGGCUGUUCCAGUACGUCAAACAAGUGGUGUCUGCCCGCCAGCUGGCCUCCUCCCACCUCCUGCCGGACCUGAAGAGUCACUACGAUCCGCACCUGGGCCGCGAGCCGCCGGCCGCUCCGCUGCUCCUGGACCAGGCGCGGCUGACCGAGGUGCUGACCACCCACGGACUGGACGCCAGCCGACUGCAGACGCCCUUCAGCAACAUGAUGCCUAGUUCGGCGUCUGUGUGGCAGAAGCGUCAGAGCAUCCUGCAGAACAGCGACCGGGACCUGAACAACAUCACAGUCGAGGUGGACAGCAUGUCCUCCUCCAUAGGACUCUUCAAGCCGAAGCCGCCGCCGGAGUCGGUGAGUUUCGAGGCGAUGCGUCGCCUGGUGAGAGCACCGCCGGAGGAGAGGAGGGCAGAGCAGGAGGAGGAACGUCAGAAACUGACAGAGGCGUGCCGCACACUCAGUCUGCACGCGCUCAGCCAGCAGAGCGGCGCCGGGGCUGACACGCUGCGUGAGAAGCUGGACGAGAUAUUCGCCCGCCUGAGUGACGCUCCGGACGGCGAGGCGGCCGGCGCGCUGAGCGACGACCCGGGUCAGCCUCCCGUAUACCGGGCACCCACACUUCAGGAGAUGCACUUCCCCGAGCUCUUUGUCUACUGAACGGUGACGUAGGCAAAGCGGUCCCUCCCCAGCUUCUUCUAGCUCUCUGGAAUCUGUGCGGGAGAGUGGUAGCUCGUCUCGGCUUGCUUCCCUGCUCGCUGGGCUGCUGUAGGCUAGUCUCUGUGAGCAGUGUCAGGUGUGGUGGGGCAGCUUCCAAAGGAUGACAGCGAAUGAGCUGACCGGUUUAGCGACUCAUCCUCUUCAAGACGUAGAGCGGGGCAUACUGUUAGGACGGAGAGCGGGGCAUACUGAGCCGUCGUUGGGUACGACGGUAACUAGAGUGGCCUUUUUGGAUGCAUCUAACAACGCGUCAUUGAAUUCCGAACAUUCAUGGAUGUGUUUAAAAGAAAUUUAUUCCAAAGACGUCAGGCAACAGGAAAAGGCAUGUGAUGUGAAGUUUCAGGGCACCUGAAAAAAUAUUCUAUUGUAGCAGACGUGUUACAAGAUGAGCUGAGCGAAAUAAGAAUCAGCUGGUGGUCUUUUGGUCAUAUCAGGAUUGGCAAAUGGUCCAUGCGCUGUUGAAUGUCGGUUGUCCGCUUAUAUUUUGUCUGUGUCAUUCGAGGAUAUUCUACGAUGUCACCCGAAUCCCUUACUGUGGUUUAUUGCUUGGCUAGUUUGACGUGGUUGUUUUAUCAGUAGCCUGCGGUUUAUGUGAUGUCCCUGCUCUACUCGGAUCUUAGUGUCGCUAACGUAAAUUGUGAACAAGUCAUAUUGCUGUGAGCUCAAUAUUCCUACAGAAUAGCCAAUCUAUCUCUUGAACUGUUGUACCAUGGAAUGCUAUAUGUGUUAAAUUGUUGAUUUUGAAAUGACUAAUGGCGAUGAAUAAAAUGUGAAAUCGCCAAUACUUACUUUGUAAUCGAUGGUUUAUGAUACGUAAGACUGUUUAGAUGUGUAACAAUCGAGUCCACAUAAUCAAACAUCAAGCCAAAUACAACACCAUCCUGACUU